AUGCUCCUCCUGCAUUCCCACCACCACCAGUGCGGAAUCGGCGCAUACCGCCUCCGAGCAAGGCCAGCAGACGCAUCCCGAGCCCCCGGCGACGCCCACUCGAGGAGGACAGGACUCAAAUCUGCCAAUUACGGAGCCCGCGCCGCCUGGGAGUCGCUUCCCGCCGACGAUGGCAUGGGCGCGCUCCGCCGUCGCCUUCUGGCUAUCCAGUCCCUGGAGCUCGAGCCAACGGAGAAGGCAAGACUCAUGCAUGAUGCACUGAUGGAAGGAUACCGGAACUCCCAGCGUCAAGGCGUAGACGGAGAGCCCAUUCUGCCCGGUAUCCCUGCCGGCGAGGCGUGGGAGCAGUCGCUCGCCAUGGGGCCCCUCGACGCCCUCAAGUUCUGGCAGCACUCCCUCGGGGAUGGCGCGUCAAACGAAAAGUUCGUCCUCACCGCUGAUGAUGUCAAGCCAACCUACGCAGUUGUCGACGGACAAACAUCCACGACCAUCCUGGGCUGCCAGCACUACAGGCGAAACGUGAAGCCGCAGUGCUCGACCUGCAACAAAUGGUACUCGUGCCGGUUCUGUCACGAUGCGGCCGAGGACCAUCCCCUCAUCCGGCAGGCCACCAAGAACAUGCUGUGCAUGCUGUGCGCCUGCCCCCAACGCGCAUCGGACGUCUGCAUCAACUGCGGAGUGACGGCGGCGCGCUACUACUGCAACAUUUGCAAGUUCUGGGAUGAUCACCCGCUCAAGAAUAUUUACCACUGCAAUGACUGCGGUAUCUGCAGACGAGGUAUAGGUCUUGGCAAGGAUUUCUUCCACUGCAAGUGUCCCAUCUGCAACAAGGCCUUCCGAAACAUGGAAACUCAGUUCCGCAAUCUCGACGCCGCGAUCCAAAGUCAGCCUAUGCCAGAGGAGUUCCGGGAUACCAAGGCCAUUGUGCUCUGCAACGACUGCUGCGCAAAAAGCACCACCAAGUAUCACUGGCUUGGGCUCAAAUGCAUGGUUUGCACGUCGUAUAAUACCGUCGAGCUGCAAAUCCUAGGCGGGAACCCUCACCAACACGUGCAACCCUCGGAAGCCUCGACGGCCGCAAACCUGGGACAGUCCCAGGCCUCCCUGAUGUCGGUGGGGCAAGAGGCGGGCGGCGAGUCCUCGGCAGACCUGCAGGCUUCGGGGGCGAUAGCGAUGAGGAGGCGGUAUUCGUCCCACGGCCAGGAAAUGAGGUUCGCGUUUGACCCGCGUCUUGCGCGUUCGUUGUCGCCCGGUCACGGGAUUGAUCUUCCAUCCGCAGUGGCCAACCGCACGGCAGAAGACGAUUCCGAAGAUGACAUGCUUGGGUUUUGGACUCGAGAUGGCGGAGAUCGUCUUGUCCGUAGCGACGACGAUGACGACGACGAGUACGGCUCCCAGUACGACGACAGCGACUCCCUGCCGGACCUCAAUGAGGAGGACGAGGAUGAUGAAGACUCUGAUGACGACAUAAUUCUUAUUGGGCAUAGGUAA